GAUAGACCUCAAAUCACAGAUGAUGCGCCCAAAUUUAAUUGUCGGGAUCGUGAUCAACAAAAUAGAUCAUCAAUAGCCGAAGAGAUUCGUGAUUGUUUUAAAAAAUAUAUUCUGACAACUGGGUCUAAAUUAUCAAUUUAG